AUGAUGGAAUCGUCUGAAAAGAGAAAUAUUGAAGUGUGCAGAGAGCUGAUUUUAUUAACCCAACGAAUUGACAACAUUAAUGGUAUUUUCACAAUUUUCGAAUUGUAUUAUGAGAAAAACUAUAAGGAAGUUAUUCAACAACAAACCAAGCAGCAACAAUUUUUCAAUCAAAUUCUUUACAUGCUCAAGCACGAAGACAAUAUUUAUCGAAAAUUAUUUCAGGGAUUUGCCUCUCAGGACGAGUUGAGAAAUCAAGCCAAAAUUAAGCUUGUAGAAUAUUGUUUCAAUCACAAAAAUUGCUCUCUCGUGCAAACCGAUGAUUUACAGCAAUUGGUAAUGAUCCAGUACAAAUCGACCAAGCUUUUUGCCAAGCAACUUGAAGAUCUUGCCAAAUAUCAAUCCAUUCAAAAGCUGCUCUUUGAACCGUUCGCUGUGACCCAAUCUUCCUAUUUGAAAAAUCUCGAGAAGGAAUAUCUCAUGAAACAAGUGAGACCACAUUUAUCCAUGAGCGACAAUUUUGUAGAAUGUGUCGAUGAAGCUCUCAAUGCAUUAUUUGUGGAAUGUGAAAAUGCUUUGGAUCGAUGUAUUACUUUUACCUACGGUAUUGAGUCUCAAAUGUUUAUUCGAGUCAUUAAUCAAGUAUUUGAAGAAUUUGGAAUUUUAAUAAGCAAAACAAUUCAGACAGAAAUGAGCAAGACAGUCAAAUCAAAGAAGACCACAGCCAUACAAACAGAUAUUUCAUUCACAACCAAAGACAGAGAGAGUGUACAAAAUGCUCUCAAACUCUAUGAAUUACUUCAUGACAAGGAAAAUGGAGUCAAGAAAAAGUUAGAGGAUUUGGAACAAAAAAUCAAGUCCAAACUUCUUGAUGCUCUCAAAGAAGUUCUUGCAAAGAAUGUGGACGAGCACUAUGUGAAAAUUCAAAGCGAACAAGUCUUUAUUCAGUUGAACAAUUUUUAUAACAGUCUACAGGAAGUUCAAUUUCCGUUGUUUACCAUGGCAUUCAAGUCAGUGGAUAUUAAUUUGUUGCAGCCUUCACACAACUUGGCAAAAACCACACUCAUGACAUUUAUUUCCUCUCUCGUUACGGGAGCUACAAAGAACUUGACAGGUAAAUCAUACUAUCUCUCACUGAUAGAUCCUGGAAAUACUGUGGAAUAUGUGGAUGACAUUCAUUUACCAGAAUUACAGCACUCCAUCCCACCUUCGAAAUUUGUGUCACAAGUCGGUGAAUAUCUCAUCAAGUUACCUGAGCAAUUGGAAAUUUUAGCCAAUGAUGAUUUUGUAGCGUAUUGGAUUGACAAAAUUUGUAAGGAAACAUUGAAUUUAUUGUCGUCAAGCGUGGAGGCACCUAAGAGCGGAAGCAAGUUUCAAAUUCUUCAGUGGAAUGCAGAUAUGCGUUAUUUAAGGCACGUAUUGGUCGAUGUACUCGAUUUUAGUGGAUCUGAGUUGAAUAUUUUGACUACCAUUGGAAAAUAA